AUGGAGUCGAAAACGAACUUUUCCUUGAUUGAUACAGAGACGAGCCCAGACAGCUCGCUUCUUGUCGGUGAUUUUACCCAGUUAACCGAUCAACUCUUCCCGAAAGCAGACAUUUUACAAAUCACUACAAGCUCCGCCGAGACUUUGGGCGAUCACCAAUACGCGGAGCUCUUGGCAAAGAGAAAAUAUGAGGCUGAACGAGUGGCGAUCAGACGUUCACAAGAAACCCCCGAACAGCGAGAGGCUCGACUCGCCAAGGGACGUGAAUACAUGAGAAGAAAAAGAGCAAAUCUCAAUGGAGAGUCAACAUUUGACAUCACACAACCAACGACUUCAAAGGCACCAUCGCCGAGACCAACACUGCAAAAAGCGAUUCCAAUUCUGCGAGAUCCAAUCCUUUCAAUGCCCGUCAUUCCAAUGAGUCCAAUCCAUCUCUCAGCUAUUCGACUUCUAGAUGAACAAAAGCCGACCACUUUUGAAAUGUCCCAGCCACCGACGAUGGUUUCUCCUAUGUUUCCUUCACUGUCGUUGAUGCCGUUUGAUAUCAAAGCGGAAACGAACUCAAGCGCUGCAUCAAGUCCAAGUGCUGCAGCCAGGGCAAAGAGGUGGGCUACAGAGACGCCGGAGCGACGGUUGGAGAGACUCGAGAAGCAACGAGACUAUAUGCGAGAAAAGAGGCGAAAGAAGUAUGACGAGGAGACCCCCGAGGAGCGCGAGCGACGCCGUGAAGCAAAUCGGAUCCGAACAAGGUGUCGACGCUUGAAUGAGACGCUCGAUGAGCGGGAGCAUCGCCUCAUUCAGCAAAGAAACUACUCGAACUGGGCCCGAGCCAACCAGACUCCACUUGAGCGAGAGGAAAUCCGAGCAAAGGAUCAAGAUCGAGCGAAAAAAAGACGAGCCUCGACAAAAGUCAUCGAGAGUCACGAAGAGAAAGCUCUGCGGGUGGCAAUGCUACGAGAAAGCCGCUUGGAAAGUUUGCUAAACGAGACGGAAGAGCAGAGAGCGCAACGGCUGGCAAAGGCGAAGACAAUGCGAAUGGAGAAAAAAGCCCGAGAGACAAGCGAAGAACGAGACGCCCGAAUGCAGAGACAACGAGAGUACAACUUAGCGGUUUUGGCUAAUGAAAGCGCCGAAAAACGGGAACAGCGAUUGGCUUAUCUGCGGGAAUACCAAAGACAAAGAAUAGCCGCCGAGACCCCAGAAGAACGAGAUCAGCGAUUGUCAGUACUCCGGAACUAUGCUAGACUGAAAAACAUUCGUCAAGGAAAAGCUGGAUCGAGCAAACGGCGAAGACAAGUGCGUGAUGAUGGGGAUCUUGAUAAAGAAGGCACAACCGACUCUGAGAAAUCCGAUGCUGAAUCUUUUGAGUCUUCCGCUCGGUCACUGGACUUGGAUGCACUCCUGCAGCUCUCCGAGGAGCUAGCCACAAGUGGCGAACUUCAGGAUUUUGCACAGUUUUCGGAUCUACCAAUCAACCCUUAUGCUGAUCUGGGCCACGAUGAUGACCAAGAUGAUGACCAAGAUGAUCUGAUCGACUCUAAUCACUUGGAGAGUGACAGCACCGGAUGCCAUUUGACUGAUAUCAUUGAUGCUGAUCACCUCGAGUUGUCCUCCAUCAACACUACUCUCUCAUUUAACUCAGCCCAU